AUGAGGGUGCUGCAGCUGGGCGCUCUGCUGGUGUUGGUCUUCAUGCCCAGCACCCAGCUGGUGUGGCUGGGAAGACUGAACCCCAAGCAGCUUCUUGGGCCCUGGUACCUCCUUGCCGUGGCCUCCCACGAGAAGGGCUUCAUGGUGGAGAAGAACACAAAGUACGUAGAAGGCAUCAUGGUGACUCUCACCCCAGAAAACAACCUGAAGGUGCUGUCCACCCGGCAUGGGCUGGAGGGGUGCACCCAGAACGCGAUGGAGCUGUCCAGGCAGAGUUCCCGAUGGGUGUUUGAGAACCCCGCCCUGGGUGUGCUGCAGUACCGGGUGCUGGGCACCAACUUCAGAGACUACGCCAUUGUCCUGACCCAGAUGGAGGUCGAGGAGGAGGCCUUCAACACGCUGGAGCUGUACAGUCGGAUGGAGAUGGCCAGCCAGGAGGCCCUGCAGCUCUUCACCAAAUGGAGCAGGAACCUGGGCUUCCUAUCCCAGCAGCAGGCCCAGCUGCAGAAGGACUUCACUUGUGCACGCAGGAUCCUCCAGGUGAGCCACCAGCUGGGGGGGCUGUAG